AUGAAAUCGAAUUUCAACGAUUCACUGCUUGGCAACCGUGUAACUAAUUCUUACAGUCUGAAAAGAAAAUAUAAAGAUAAUUCAUUUUCAAAACUUCAAGGGCAGCAACGGUAAACCGCUUCAGGGAUGAUAGUGACGGGGAUUGAGGGGUUGAAACAGGGAAUCCGGGAGGAAAACGUUUUUAUUACACAUUUGUUUGGCACGGGCAACGUUGGGCGGGACAGCUAGUUAAUUAUAUUGCUUGAAAUACUAUUCAUUUUCGUUAGCAUAUUAUCAUUGUUUUAACAGUUUUAAUACAUUAAUAAUUUAAUUUACUACCGCGUCGUUCUGUACACAGAAAGAAAAAUUCAAAUUUUAUGUAUUGUAAUAUCAUUCGUUAGUAAUACACAAGAGGAAAUUGAUUCUUUUAAAUUUUUGUUUUGUUUAUACAAGAAGAACAAUCGUCAGAAGUAAAGUAAUAUUAUUUAUGUAUUUUUGACCGACUAACCGAACUAGCUCAGAAUUAUGUUUGGAUUACAAUAAUAAUUUGCAGUUCGUUUAAUUAUGUUAAAAUGAUCAUAAACUAAACGUUACUCUGUAUCCUGAUAAUUAGCGUUUCAAUAAGAGCGAUUUUGAAAUGAAAUAAAACAAUAUAUUUUUUUUUCAUUUGAAACGUUUAUGUGUGUCAAUUAUUUAUGAAAUAUAACAUCAUUUAAAUGUCCACCACAGGCUUCUUACUGUAACACGAAUUUCAGUGGUUCAAUUUCCUUUGAUAAUGCCGCAUAUACCCCGUUGAAUUUGAACGAUCGUCAGAGUUAUGUUGACUUUAAGGUCGUCUGUCCAUUUCGACUUAUUAGCAUAGACCUGCAACAUCAGGAAACCCCACAAGAAAAAGUAUAAUGGUGUCAAAUCACAAGAUCUCGGUGUCACCACAGCGAGAGAUAGCCACGCCCUCAAAUUUUUCAUGCAGAAUGUGAAUCGUGUCGUCCGUCGUGUAGCACGUUUCGUCGUACUUUUGAAACGUCAUAUUGUCUUCACCCAUAUCGUUCAAUUUGGACCGAAAAAAAAAUUGAUUUUAAUCGUUCCGUAACGUUCACCACCAUUAACGUUAGUGGCCUCGCCGUUGUCGUUUUCAAAAAAGUACGGAUAAAUAAACCGCCGGCACCAAAACCACACCAAGCAGUCACUUUUUUGUAGACGAAAUCAUUUCUGAAAAACUUCGUGUGGUUUGGUAUCCUCUCAUAUCCGGCAAUUUUGGUUGAUCACAUAGCCAUUCGUUCGAAAAUGCGCUACGUUAAUGAAAAUAUUUUUUUGGAUUUUGAUGUUUGCACUAUCGAACACUCAUUUAUAAUAAAGUUUUAUCAUUUGGACGUGCUGCUCAGCCGUGCAACUUGCCAUUAUGAAUUGCUACUAUUAAAUCAAUAAAAAAUAAAAGAUAAGAAAGACGUCAUCAAAACCAUAUGGCCGUACAGUAUAGCCAACAUCGACCCGCUCCAAUUGAAACACAAAUUUCCAACGGCUCACUUAUAUCAGUGGUACACUCAACAACCAUGUGGUAUGAAUAAUGUCUGAUUUUCGUUCACUUUUGUUUUUUAAUUUUGUACAGUGCCUCCUGUUUGCCUUUUUUGAAAAAAUAACAAAUUAAAACGAUUUUUUAAAUUUAGAUGCUAAAACUGUAGCUGGCGGCAAUCCAGUUUUAAAUGGACAAUCAUAUUUGUUUAUAAUUAUACGACUGAGGAUGUAUGAUGUUACGGUGUUCGUACAGAUUUAAACUACUACAUUACACUGAACUUUUUUUUCCACUAAGUGCAAUUUAUAAUAAAAUACAAUUUUCAAACAUUUCUGCUCGGCCAGAAACCAAAUGAAAACUAAAAAACUCGGCAAAUUCAUAUGCUUAUAAAUAGCCCGAAAAUCCCUGGACGUUUUGAAUAUGUAAUUACUUCUAGAAAGGUUUCGUGUAAGUACUCUGUGAACAUUUUAGGUCUCUAGGAUGAUUAUUUUAAAUCGAAUUACAUCAAACAACAUUGAGACUAACAGAAACCAUUAUCGUGUAAAAUUUUUUUCCAAAUAUUAAACAAAUCACAAGAAAAAUCAUCCUUUCCAAUGCACCAGCUAUAAAACAUUUGCUUUGAGAAAAGAUGUUACGGUGUUAUGAAGAUUGAAACAAUAUUUGUACAGGCAGAUUUGUCAUUUCUAUUAUCACAGAUCGAAAAGAAAACCAUAUGACAACAAAAAUCCAACGUGUACAUUAUACUCCUCGCUGCUAAAAUACUUGGAACCACGGUAAAAAUACUCUAAAAUAUUCAACAAACUGUUAAUAAUAUUUGAACUGAACGGUUUAAAAUGAAGAAUACGAAAAAAUAUAAAAUCGUCAUCAAAUUAUUGCAAACAUCAACCGAGUAAUCUCGGUUAAAAGGUAAAUCUUGUCGGAAAACAUGAUUUUUCCUUAUUUCUAUUUUGUUUCGGUAACCAUGGUGUAUAAACAGUAGUGCAUAAAUACAAUGAACGAAUAGUUUGACUUUUAAUUUUAACUUGUUUUUGUAUGUACAUUUGAAGUAUUAAUUAUUUGUAUAGGAAUCGUUGUAAAUCUUGUAAUCUUAAGAAGCAACUCGGUAAAAUGUUUCGAAUAGAAUUCACUCUGAGAACUUCAGUCAUCCAACGCUACACAAUGGUGUUACCGGGAGCUCUUCUGGUAAUUUCGGAACCGAAUCAUUUUCUUUGAGACGCCACGAGCGUUUUUUUUUUUUUUUUUUUAUAUAUAAAAUUAGUAAUUUUAUACCAAGGUACUCGCGUUUUUGGGACAAGUCAAUAAGUUGAACUUUUUCGGAGCACCCUAUGCAAUCGGAUGCAUAUCAUUGGUAAUCAUAAUUAUUAUUAGUCACCUAAAAUUAUAUGCAAAUGUGUCGUUUCGUAUACGAAUGCGUCGUUACGUUUAUUUAUAGUAAGUAUAACAAUUAUCGAGAUAGGUAGACAUUAAAGGCGUAUCUUGAUUUCUUCAAGAGUAAAUGCAUCACUUUUGUAAACAAUUGACACACGAAAAAGUUACAGCCAUUAUACGUUGGUUUUUGAUUUUGAUUCACGACUAGAUUAAAAUAUUGUUAUUAUUGUAUUUAAACUUAAAUUUCCAUUUUAAACCCAUAAUUUACGUGGUCAUUAUAAUAUUUGUAAUGCAAUUGUCGUUCAAUGCUGUUCGUUAUUUUAGACUGAAACAGUAAAUGCGAGUUUCACUCAUUUAUUCGGACAUUGUCUUAGGCAGGCACAGUUAUUUUGCUUAAGAACAUUCCUAAAUUGUGAAAACAAUAAUAUCGAAGUAUCAUAAUCUAUGCAUAACUAAUUAUUUAUUUUAUAACAAUAAUAAAUACAAAUCUUGCAUCGUACUGCUAUAUUAUGUUACGUGCAUGCGUGUUAUGUGGUUAGUAAUAUUUUAACCUUAAAUUGUAGUAAACGAUAUUUUAAAUUAUCGAAAAUCACAAAUUUAAAAAUUAUCUAAAGUGUUUUGUCUUUCAGGGGAGAAUCGAUCACAUUAAUAACGCGUUACUGUUGUCCGGACUUGGAUUCAUUAUGGACAUGUUCUUUCUUUUGUUCCAUAAAUCUGAGUAAGUAUAUUUCGGUUUAAUUCUUUGUUUUAUAUGAUACGUGAUAUUACAGCAACAUCUUGAACACAGGCAGCUGAUUGCAUACAACUUUAAUCAAUAUCGAUAAUUUACUUACCUUAUGGGUAUCUGUGCGCCUGAACAUAAUUUUCCCGUUAAUGUUUAACGUAAUCAAUCUAUAUUUUUUAUAUUAUUACUCGCGUAUUAUGUACGGUGCAUUUUGCAGGGACAGUAGUGACGUGAACGGGUAUCUAUUACGAAGCCACUGCUUCGUUACCAAAUUUGUAGGGUGGGUUGAUAUGUGAUACUUUUUCAUUAAAUAAGGGAGACUGGCAUACCGGAACGAUAAUGAUAAUUUGAUGAAUAAGAAAUAUUCAUAUGUAUCUAAGAACCGAGGAUUCUUCAAAAACAUGAAUUUUAAUCUUAAAUAUCUUGCAGCGCGUUUAGUUUAGAUUAUGUUGUCUUUUAUUACAGAAAUGGUGAACGAAAUCAUAUUUUGUACAUCAAUAAUUUUUUUUUCCAUCAUUUAUGAUAUUUAGUUUUAAUGUACUCAUUUGUCAUUUUUAAAAUUAUAAAUUAAUUUGAACAAAAAAUAAUUUAAAUAUUAAAAAGUCGACAUUUUAUUAUAAUGUAUGUAUUUCAAGGUAUAACAAAAUUUAAUUUAAAUUUUGUUUAUAUUAAACAGUAAAAUUAGUAUAUUAUAUUAUUUUAAACCUCAGCUUUCGUAUUAAAUGGCAUAUAUCUAGUUUGUAUUUUUUAAUUGAAUUAAAUUAAAUUUUUCUAAAUUAUCUAAUUUAUUAUUUGACUACAACCAUGAGAACAUAUUAUAAACGAAAAUAAACAGAUAUAUUUUCUAGUGUUGACUAGUAAUACAUUUUUUAUAAGUCCAUUAAAAAAAAAAAAUGGUUUUUUAUAUUAAAUCAUCUAUAUUGACCUAAAAAAAUGAAGUACAUGAACUGCCUUAGAUACAAUUUCUGGACUAUCUUAGUUCUUUUGUGCUUGGGUCGUACGAGGUAUUUUACUGAAAUUACUUCAUAAACAAAAAAACUUCGCUCCACCAGUGUUCAGAAUUAUCUGUUAUUGUGUGUUACUUAUUGUCGUGAAAAUGAAAAGUAUAAACUGUUUGAUGGAUUUAUCCUUUAAGAUUUUGGAAUGGCAAUUCAUUGUUCAUAUUUCCCCGAGUCAUGAGUGCCUCAUAUAGAAACUGAUCACACUGUAUAUUAUUACAUAAAUAUACUAAUCUAAUAACUAAUUACUUGUUGUGUUUUUAUUAUAGUUCCAGUUGGUUGUAUAUCAAAGCCAUUCAGUUUAUUUUGCGUUUAAUCAGUAAGUAAUUUGAUAACUGAGUAGGUACUUUAAAUAAUGUUUAAUUUUCUAGUUAGGUACGUACUAGAAAUUACAAGUUUUAAGUUUUAUUACAAUUAAAAUUAAUUAUUAUUUGUUAUUAGAUUUAUGGUGAUAAUAUUUUUUUGUUUAAUUGGUUUUAGUUCUACCUAAACAACUGUAAUUUGCGUUAUCAAAUAUUAAAAAAAAAAAAACAUUUUCAGUUUGUCUUUUCCAAUUGGCUUGCAUAACGGCUAUAUAUUGUUAUGUAAAACAAGAACAAACCAUAAGAGAUAACAAAAAUAAUUUAAAUUGGAUCGAAAAGCAAUUGAAUAAGAUAGUGCCCAAUUCUGGGCAAUCUGAGGUACCUUCUACCUCAAAGGAUCCGUUAAAUGAACCAUCAACAUCGAAAUUGCCAUCGAGUCCAUUAAAUGCCGAACCAAUAGAGGAUGAAACAACUGCAGCUGCUUUGGUUGAUACUCCUAUGCAGCCACUGAAGAAUGAAAUUACAGACAAGUUGCCACCGAAUAUAAACGAAAUACCUGUUGGUGAAGCAGACAAAAUUACCGAUACAGAUAAUCGAAGCCCUGGCCAAACUCCCGGUACCGAUGGACAACCUGACGUAAAUUCUAAUGUCAACCAAGAACGUGACAAAUCUUGA